CGUUUGGAAUUGAAAGAAGCUAAGCGUGACGCUGGGUGUCCCUCGGGGGAUCGGCGCCGGCGCAGCAGAUGCGUUUUGGGGCGGUUGGCGCCGCUGCUGUCCGGCGUUGCUGCGCUCCGCUCGGGCAGCGUUUGGAGGCGUGGGAGCGUCGUGUGCUGUGCAGGGAGAGCCGACUUACAGAGAAUUGGAGUUCGAAGGGACUUUUAAAAGCCGUCUGAUCCAUCUGCCUGCAAUGAACAGGGACACGCACAGCUCCAUCAGGAAACACCUGCACGAGUCUCCCACCACCUGGUCUUGGCUGCAGGGGAGGUCGGUGGCUCUGAGGGCUGGCAGCGGCACUGGAGUCACAGCAUGUCUAAAGAGCUGCAGGAGCUGCAGAAGCAAUGGCACUUCAUCAUGCAGUCCAUCCACAGCAACUCAAACGUCGUUGCAUUUAUGAACUCCCGCCUUGGCCUGUAUUUGGAUGACCAUCCUUUCGUUGCCUUAUCGCUCCUGAUGUUCAUUGCAGUGUCUACUAUUCCUGUGGCAUUUUUCCUCAUCUUUGUUGUUACAACAGUCAUAAUGGCUUGUGUUGGUGUGAUAGUCAUGGAAGGUGUUGUGAUAUCCAUCGGGGGCAUAGCCCUCCUCUGUGUGCUUUGUGGCCUGGGUGCGCUUUCACUGGGAGUUUCUGGAGUGCUGAGUGUUUGUUACAUCGUUCUUUCAGCUCUGGUCAACUACUGGUGUACCUCAAGGAGCCAGGCGAGGAAGCAAGAAGUUAAUGGAAGUUCGCCACAGAAGAGUCUGUCUGUCAUGGACUUCUCUGACAACAAACGAAAGAACAAAUAAGUGGGAUUCUGCCCGUCUCCUUCAUACACUCCGCUGUGCAGGUCUGUCCUUUGCAAUGUAAUCGUUUACUUCUUGAGCAUCCAACCUCAGCGCUCUUCAUAUGGGAGCUGAAAGAGCUGGCGUGCGUCGUGUUGUCACUGUAACACCAGUGGUGGGAGCACCCACUGAGCAGCGCGUUGUGACACUGCGUGAACGAGGGAAUGUUCUGCAGAGUUUGGUAGAGGGAUGCAGCAGUGACAGCAGAGUUGGUGGCAGUUGAGUGAGAGAAGGGGUAGGCAGUGUUUGCCUUUGUUACUGGAGUUCUGGAUGUACUGUUGUUUGCAGUGUGUACGCAGCAGUUUGGCCGUUUUAUACGUAAGUGUUAAAGCCCAGAACAUCAGAAGUGUUUUUGAAAGGUGAAAAAGUAAUUUCUGAGUGCUAACAGCACAUGUUAAAAUACUGUGAGUAUACCACACUAAUGCUGUAUGUUGUGAGAGGAAAGCAGGUUUCAUUAUGCCUUAAUUGUGGUAUAAGCUUUUACACACCUUGGCUGCAGCCAAAGACAGCACUGUCCUCCAGGUGUUCUUCAGUGUUAGCUGAAGGGAUGUUUUCCUGCACUCGCUGCCACCUCCCAGCAGCAGUAUGCAGUCUGCCCUUCUGUUCUGUCCCCUGCUCUGGGUGCUUAAGUGGCCUGUUUUGCUUCUUGGUUGUAACCUCUCACUUUGUUUAAACAUUUUCCGUUUCUGAAAAUGCUGCCAUAUUUCUAAGCAUUAUCUAACUGUAUAAAUUUAAUAAAGUGCUGUUUGUUUAACGA